GUCUUAUGCAUCCCUCAGAUUCGGAAGCUGUCCUAUUCUUAUUCCACUGGUGUAUUUUGUCUGCUUACAAACUCACAGACUACCUGAACUCAUGCCAGACAAAGUAAAAGCUGCUAUUCUUGAUGAUUACCAGCACGUAGCUUUCACCAGCGCGGACUGGACUCCAAUCAAGGACAAGCUUUCGGUUGAUGUCUACGACGAAACGCUUCAUGACGAGGAUUCCCUUGUCAAGCGGCUUGAACCGUACUCUAUCAUCUGUGCGAUGCGAGAGCGUACCAAGUUCUCUGCAUCCUUGCUGGACCGCCUCCCGAAUCUCAGGUUGAUUGCGACCACAGGUUUGGUGAAUAGGGGUAUUGAUACUGCCCACGCAAAAUUGAAAGGCAUUGUCGUUUCUGGAACCUCUGGAAAGGGUGCUUCUACUCUUGAACAUAUCUGGGCCCUGAUCUUGUCUACCGCGCGGUACAUCGUUCAUGAACACAUGGCUGUUGUUACGGGAAAUCCUCGUUGGCAAUCGCAUAUCCCUCUCGGGCUCUUUGGUCGCACUUUAGGCCUCGUGGGUGCAGGUCGCCUUGGGGCGGCAACAGGCAAGAUAGCGAAGGCAUUUAACAUGCGAGUUAUUGCUUGGUCGCCCAACCUUACCCGAGAACGGGCAGAUGCCGCAGGUGUUGAAUAUAUUGAAUCCAGAGAGGAGCUAUUCAAGCAAAGCGAUAUCGUUUCCAUCCACAUGGUCCUUUCGGAGUCCACCCAUGGCAUGAUCGAUGCAACUGAUUUCGCGAAUAUGAAACCUACGGCUUUCUUCAUCAAUACAUCACGAGGACCGCUGGUCGACGAGCAGGCGCUGGUGGAUGCCCUGCGUCAGAGGAAGAUUGCUGGCGCUGGCCUGGACGUCUUCGACAUUGAGCCGCUCCCGCUCGACCAUCCCCUGCGCAAACUCGACAAUGUUACGCUAUCUCCCCACACAGGUUAUGUCAGUGAUGACAACUAUGAGGUUUUUUGGUCCGACACAGUCGACAACAUUGCUAGUUUUCUGGAAGGAAAUCCCAAACGCGUUAUGGCAUGAGCUUAAUGAAGAAAAGAUAAGUGAAGUAUUGG